AUUUGAGCCUGGAGUCUCUAGGCCUGGCGGGCUAGUGUUGGUGCGGGGGCUCCGGACAGGCGCAGAGAGCGGAACUUUAGGACCCAGCCCGGCGGGACGGCCGGAAGUCAUGUCAGGCUGUAUUCUUGUUCCCGUGGCACGGAUGAAGAAACCGGGCGUGGUAAAUGCAUGUUUAGCCUCGUCUCGUGCAUGGAAAGGGCUUAGCACCAUGUCUGACCCUGGAUGGUGGGAUUUCCAUAGUGUAUCUAAUAUGAGUCUCAUAUCUUGGCCUCUUCUCCAGCUUCAGCAGUCUCAGCUCCACAGGCUGGAGAAUAAAUGGGAUUUGUACAAAUUGCAAACGGAACUGCAGUGUUGAUAUCUUUUUCUUCUGGUUGUUAUUAACAGAAAGUUAAAUGUCGUCAGAAGAUCGAGAAGCUCAGGAGGAUGAAUUGCUGGCUCUGGCAAGCAUUUAUGAUGGAGAUGAAUUCAGAAAAGCAGAGUCUGUCCAAGGUGGAGAAACCAGGAUCUAUUUGGAUUUGCCACAGAAUUUCAAGAUAUUUGUGAGCGGCAAUUCAAAUGAGUGUCUCCCGAAUAGUGGCUUUGAAUACACCAUUUGCUUUCUGCCUCCACUUGUGCUGAACUUUGAACUGCCACCAGAUUAUCCAUCUUCCUCCCCACCUUCAUUCACACUUAGUGGCAAAUGGCUGUCACCAACUCAGCUCUCUGCUCUCUGCAAGCACUUAGACAACCUGUGGGAAGAACACCGAGGCAGCGUGGUCCUGUUUGCUUGGAUGCAGUUUCUUAAGGAAGAGACCCUAGCGUAUCUGAAUAUUGUUUCUCCUUUUGAACUCAAGAUGGAUCCUCAGAAAAAAGUACAGAGAAGGAUGGCUCAGGCCUCUUCCAACACAGAGCUAGAUUUUGGAGGAGCCACAGGAUCUGAUGUAAACCAAGAGGAAGCUGUAGAUGAGAGAGCUGUUCAGGAUGUUGAAUCAUUGUCAAGUCUUAUCCAGGAAAUCUUGGACUUUGAUCAAGCUCAGCAGAUGAAAUGCUUCAAUAGUAAAUUAUUCCUGUGCAAUAUCUGUUUCUGUGAGAAACUGGGUAGUGAAUGCAUGUACUUUCUGGAGUGCAGGCAUGUGUAUUGCAAAGCCUGUCUGAAGGACUACUUUGAAAUCCAGAUCAAAGAUGGCCAAGUUCAAUGCCUCAACUGCCCAGAACCAAAGUGCCCUUCAGUGGCCACUCCUGGUCAGGUCAAAGAACUAGUGGAAGCAGAGUUAUUUGCUCGUUAUGACCGUCUUCUUCUCCAGUCUACUUUGGACCUGAUGGCAGAUGUGGUGUACUGUCCCCGCCCUUGUUGCCAGCUGCCUGUGAUGCAGGAGCCUGGCUGUACCAUGGCUAUCUGCUCCAGCUGCAAUUUUGCCUUCUGUACCUUGUGUAGAUUGACCUACCAUGGUGUUUCUCCAUGUAAGGUGACUGCAGAGAAACUAAUAGACUUACGAAAUGAAUACCUGCAAGCAGAUGAAGCGAAUAAAAGAUUUUUAGAACAGAGGUAUGGUAAGAGGGUGAUUCAGAAGGCUCUGGAAGAGAUGGAAAGUAAGGAAUGGCUGGAAAAGAACUCAAAGAGCUGCCCCUGCUGUGGGACUCCCAUAGAGAAACUAGAUGGGUGUAACAAGAUGACGUGUACUGGCUGUAUGCAGUAUUUCUGCUGGAUUUGCAUGGGUUCUCUGUCCAGGGCAAACCCUUACAAACACUUCACUGACCCUGAUUCCCCAUGUUUCAACAGGUUAUUCCAUGCUGUAGAUGUUAAUGGAGAUGUAUGGGAAGAUGAGAUUGAAGACUAGUUCACUUCUGCUUAUGAUAUGGAAGUGGAAUGGUUUGCCCUAAUCUUCUGUCAAGUAUACAAAGUAACCUUGCAGGAUAUUUAGGGUGCCAUACAUUCACUCCUGUGAAGAAGAUAAGAAAGAACAAGGUUUAUAUUUUCAUUGAUACUACUGAUUAAGGCACAUUCAUACAUUUUCCCAUGUAACAUAAAUUGAUAAAAUUAUAAGCCAAAGGUUCAGAAAAUGAAAAACUAUAGGAUAUUAAAUAUUAUAAUGUGCCCAGAGCUCUGAAUAGUUAAAAAGUAUUUAUUUUCUUUCCCAAGCCUUAGGUAGGGAGAAGGGUCAAACUUAAGAGCAGUCUCAGAAAAGCAUCCCUCUGAGACAUUCUGUUAGGGCUCACUCCUCACAACUAAGGUGGAUAAGCCUUGAGAACAUUGUACCAAGAGCUCCAUCUCAUUCAUACUACUCACAUUCCUUCCAACCCCAGUUUCUGUAAUGAUCUCUUUGGAUGAAACCAUCUACUCUCUAAAUGAUUGGAUGGCCUGGUGUCAUUUCAAUCUCCUUUUCCAAAUAUUUAUAAUUGUUUUAAAAAUGUUUUUAAUAUCACAAACACUAGUUCACUAAAUUAUUCAUGAGUGGUAUACAUAGUCCAUGGAUUGUGAGCCAAUUCUAGAAAUUAAUGAAACUGGCUCAGAAGAAUUUUAGCCCUUUCCACUUUCCUGAAUAAUACAGCUGAGACUAAAAAUGUGUCUUUGUUACCUCAUUCCACAUUUUCUCCCUUUCCCCAACCUGCCUGGUUGGAAAGGACAGCAGCACGUUUUUAUUUACUCUGCUGAAACAGGAGAAAGCCUAGUAUUUCCAAACCAAGCUGAAUAAAUUAUAUGUUCUUUCAGUACCUGGGUUUGAACCUGUACACAGCACUAUAGUUCUAGUCCUAACUUUCUGAAUGCUUUUUAAAGAUCUUUAAUGGCUUGUGGGAAUUUAGCUUCUUACUGUUUCUUGCAACCACAGUAUUUUGGGUGAUAAUUUUAGCUUGAUACCUAGAUUCUUGUUUUCUGGUUUGGUUGGCUUUUUGGAAAAUUGUCUUUUCCUCAUGGCUUGCUAGCCACUUGGUCAAUAAUUUUGAAAAAGAGGACAGAAGAAUUCAACUGCACCUCGUGAACAUGUUUUUUUCAACCUAACAUUGAAAAUUAAGGAAUCCUUUUUAACUGUCAGCAAGGAUUGUGUUUCUGGAUUGUCAAUGAGGAUAAUUAAUCUUAAAAAUAAAAGUGAUUUUAAAAACCA